AUGGCGCCAGCGACAGGACCACUCGCACGGAUGGCGUCGGCGCCCGCAGGAGCCGCCCGCCUGUACCCGCGCAGGAUCAACAAGCAGCUCGCCCGUGCUUCGCCUCGAGAGAAGCUCCAGCGGAUCACGGAGCUGUACCACCUCGCGCCGACUUUCCUGCCCAACGACGACCCCCAGCAACUCUCCAAACACAUCACUCAGACCCUCACACCCGUCAACGCGAGCCAGUGUCGACCACGGCCGCAGUACCUCCGCGACAUCAUUAUCGCGCACGCCGACGUCGACAAGAAGCGGGUGCAGCUCGAGCUGGGUGGGCGAAAGACGACCAGCCUCACGUCGGUCGAGGUCAACUACCCGACCAACUUCUACGCGGCGCACAACAUCUCGUCCGACGCCAAGUUCGACCCGAGGAAGUCGUUCUACAACUCGUACAUCCUCGGACAGGAGCCGCCUCUCGCACGCAGGCUGAGGCAGGUCACGGAUGCAUUGCACGGGACAGUCGCUGGAGGCCGGGCAGGGCCCAUCACGGUGGAGGAGCAGGGCGAGAAGGCGAAGCAGUGGAGGGACGGACUCGCCUCGGCUCGCCAGGCACUCGAGGAGGAGGAGCGGGCGAUUGCGGCGGCAAAGGAGGCACAGCGGGAAGAGGCACGGCGGCAGGAGCGACUGCGGCAGGAGGAGGCAGAAGCGUUCGCAAAGGCUUUCGAGACGGAGGAACCGCAGCGCUCGUAG